AUGUCUAAUAUAUUAUCAGUAUUUAACCCUCCACCUUCGCGUCCCUAUCCACCAUCACCAGACGAAUUAGAAUCGCAAUGUUUGCCAUGCACCGCCAUUCAAUCAAUUGUUGCCAUUGGUGGCGGAUUAUACCUAAGUUCACCCAAUCAAUUCAAAGAUAAAACAACAGGAAAAAUUGACUUGAGGAAAAACCCCAUUUGGUGGCAACGAUCAGUCCGAGGGGCGGGAAUAAUUUUGUUUGGAUUGGGUGCUUAUCGUGCUGGAGAAGUCGUACAAAUUUUAUAUAGAAAGAGAUUUGGUUAA